AAUUUCUACCUGAAUUCACCAGGUAAUAAACUUGAUCAAUUGAUCGUUGAUCAUUUAAAGUCUUGAACGUCGUAUUUACCGUUCGGUCAAAUUUUCAAUACAAUUUGCAUGUAUGAAUAAGGAUUGUUAAGAUUCAUCAUUCAGAGUUAUAUAUCUGUCUGUCAGAUUCAUUUAAUGGUAUGUUCAUAAGGAAUCUACAUCUUCAUCAGAGCAGCUGAUCACUGAUUAGAAAAAGACAGACAUGGCUACGAACGGGAAACCUUUAGAGAAUGGACAUGCAUUCUCAGAUGACAUCAGUUUGUGUGGAGAGUGCAAGAAAACUUUCGUGUCGCCACGUUCUCUUCCAUGCUUGCAUACGUUUUGCAGUGCAUGUUUGGAAGCUUACAUUAAGAAGUCAAUAGGAAGCAACGGUCAGAGAUUUUUCCAUUGUCCUACAUGUGAUAUGGAAAUUGAUGUUCCGAACGACGCGUUACCGGGGCAAUAUGCUGCUUCUUUUCCAAUGGAUAGUUUUAUGGAAAAAUUAGUAGAAUUAGUAGCUGCCACGAGUUUCGACAAAAUGUGUGAUAUUUGUGUUCGUAGAGAGGAAAAGGUUGCAGCUCAAAAUUGGUGUAUGGACUGUUUUGAUGCGCUUUGUGAUCCUUGUUUUAAAGUUCAUGUUCAUGGCAAAACAACAGCGAACCAUGUAGUUUUCCGUUCAGAUGAAUUGAGACAGAUCCCUCUGGAAAAUUUGAUGAAAAAGAAAAACAAAGUUCCUUGUGGUAAACAUAACGAAACAAUAACAUUAUUCUGUGUAGAUUGUAGGGAGCCAUUGUGCGUUCAAUGCAUGGCUGUUUCACACAGAAGAUGUGAAAACGUUAUAACAGUUGCAGACGCAAUGACAUCACGGACUGAUGUCAAAGAUAUUAUGGAUAGGCUAGACUCUCUGAAGGACUCAGUUCAUGGCACAAACGGGUUAGGAGAAAAUGAUAAAAUAUUAGAAUCUAGUAUUGACAGUGCUCGAAUAAAAAUCAUUUCAGUGUGUGAUUCCCUCAUCGAAAAAGUCCGAGAAGAACAAGACAAACUAUUAAGACAGUUAGACGACACAGCAUAUAAAGCACGCAAAAUUCUAAAAGGAAGGAUAGAACCUAGGAAAAGUGGAUCAAAAACAAUUCAAGCUGCGCACGAGCGAAUGAAGAUAUUAAUGAAAUAUGGUAGUGAUGUAGAUAUUCUGUUGGCAUACAACCAAGUGAAGAAGCAGUUAGAUUCUUGCCAGGGAUCUGUUGCCGAACUUGACCCUAAAAGUAUGGUUGUGAAGGUGAACUUUGACCUUGCCGAGAAUGUUGACAGUUUCAUGCAGGAAUUUAAAGCAGUAGGAAAUCUGAGUAUAGAUGACAGUAGUGACGAUAUUGGUCUAUCAUCCUGGGGCGUAACGUGUACCCAUACUGAUGACAUCAUUGUCACAGAUUGUAAAAACAGGCGGAUUCAAAAGUUUAGCAAGUUUGGAGAUCUAGUGGACUACGUACAACUUGAAGAUGAACCACGUGAUAUUACUACUAUUGGACGCAAUGAUGACGUUGCUAUUACAUUGGUUGGGAAGUUAGUUAUCUUCUUAUCAACCCGGAAAUCAAUGCAGCUUUUGAAACGUGCGAAAACAGAAAGACAGUAUGAUGGCAUUGCAUUUUCCUUCAAGGAUUCCUUUUUGGUGGUUAGCUCUAUCCGGGAUUGUUUAGUAGACAUCAUACAACUUGGCGGGGAAGUCAUUCGUUCCAUACAUUCAGACACUGUUGGAUCACCGCUUUUUAGAGAGCCACGCUAUGUAGCAGUGUCACCAGAUGGAGCUAUUGUUGUGUCGGAUGUAGAGCAGGGUACAGUCAUUUCAUUUGACAAUUACGGGCGGGUACUUUCCCAGUACAGACCAGAAAGUGGAAAUGGAUUAAAGAAACCGCAGGGUGUUAGUGUUGACAAAAUUGGCAACAUAUUUGUUGCGGAUAAUGGCAACAACAGGGUCCAACUGUGCACAAAUGAUGGGGUCUUCCAAAGGAAUGUUCUGGGACACGAGAGCGGAUUGGACAAACCGGUUGCCAUAGAAGUCAGCAGUAGCAAUAGGAUGAUCAUUGUUCAGAAUGAUGGCAUGGUGAAAGUGUUCAGUUACUCCUGAAAAAUGAAACUAACUGUAAUUAUCAUUUAAAAAAAGCCGAGCGAAACUCAACGCAUACACAAAUGAGUAAAAAUACAUAACAGAGCAAACCGUAGCCGUAUAUAAUAGAAUAAAGUUGUAAAAGCUGUUAAAUAACAGAUUGUAAGAAAAUACAGCUUCUCAUAAUCAGAAUUUAUAUACAAUCAAUGCUCUGAAAAGUCAUUCAAAAUUGAAAAAUUAAGAACUACUUAUAAUUCAUUUUAGUGUGUUAAAAAUAUAUAUACCUCAAAAUACCUUUUUGUAUAUGAUAAAAGCACAACAGAAGACGCUUUCAUGCAUUGCCAAAAUGUAAUUUUAUAACUUAUGUGACCGAUUGUAGAUAGUUUUAACUCUCUAAAUACUUAUUGUAGACUGAGUAUUCUUUUAUGAAUAUGAAAAAAUUAUAAUUCAGAAUGGUUUAGAUUUUUGUCCCUUUUACAUGUAUAAUUUGAGAAUGUACGUUUCAGCAGAAUAUAUAACAAUUAAAAUAAAAUUCCUAUAAAACUAAUUCACUCAGGAUUUUAAUCUUAUCCAAGUACUUUUGAAAUUGUAAAGUCAAUAUUUAUUUAACGAUCACUUUUGACUGAUUUAUAAAUUUAAUUGAGUAAUUAAGUUUUAAUUUAUUGCUCUUCCGUCAAUCAAUCUUCUAAUCUAAAUUUCAACAUAUUCAUAAAUGUGAUUAAAUUGUUGAGGAAAUGUGAAGUGCACCUGCCAUUACUUUUUGUUCUUAUGCAAUGUAUACACUUUUGAUAAUAACGCUUUUUUGAAAUAUUUGGAUAUAUUACUUUGUCCCGAAAUUGUCGAAUUUGAUUUGAUCUUUUAAUAAGUAACAAUAGAAUAUUAUAAGACUGGCAACGACAAAACUGUCUUACUACCUGACCAUUUUAUGUACCGGUAUUACAUUUUUCACCCACAACCUUUACACUAGCUGAAUAUAAUUGUAGACCUGAUUGAUUAAGAAAUUGGGGUUUAACAGCACUUUCAGCACUGCUGACUAUUUCAGUAUUAAAGCCUGAAAUAUUAUGUUGACGUUCCGUAUAACUAAAAUACUUUAAAAUAUAUCGUGCAAAAUCAUCAAGAUUCACAGUGAUGUGAAUAUAGCUAUAUGCAUUCGUAAUGCCAUAUUUACAGUUACAUUAUGCAAGCAUCAGAGUAAGUUUACUGUAAGGCCAAUAAAAAUUGUAUCCUAAUAUUUCUGACAAAUUGUAAUUCAGUGGAUUUCAAUUUUAAUGGACAUAAUAGAUUGUACAAUAAUUUCAAACUUAACGGGCGUUAUGCUUUUAUGCUUAUGUUAAACCUUUUCACAAAGUAGUGCUUGAUGCACGUAAAUACGGGUAAAUAUUGAUAACGUUAGUCGUUACGCACCUCAACGAUACCGAAGUAACACCAGAGCGCAUUUGUGAAAAAAUAAAUGUGCAGUAUACAGUAUGACGGCGGCUUAGAUUUAUAAGUUGUAAAAAUGCAAUUAUUGUCAAAUCAUAAGUAAGACAGACAGCUACAAACUGAUGGAAUAUUUUUGCGGAUUUUUAAUCACACUACAUUUCGAUAUACGAAACAGGAAUUAUGUACAUCAAAUUAAUCAGCAUGGCUAUUUACAGAUGUAUCUUCGUAUUAUAGUAUGAUUGUGCUUUAAAACCCAUCGACAGAGAUAAUCUCAUUCCGGUAUUUUAGGCACACAUAAUCAAAUUCUGUAAGGUGGCACGAUAGUAUUUCCUGGUCCAUAGGGAUAAUGAUAGCUUUUUAGAAUUUUCACCACUUUCUAACACUGUCCAAAAUUCUACAUACAAAGUAAACUGAAGUACUUUCGUUAUAAUAUUCAGAAAUGAAUUUGAAUAUCUAUCAUGACCGUUUACUUUUUUUGCUAUCUUUAUAAACCUAAGGCCACUAGUGCUUUUAGGUCUUUUAUCAUGCAGUGAAUACAAAAUUUAAAAAAAUUCUCAAAAAUUCAUUUUCACCUGCAUGUAAAAUUAUUUCAUAUUUUUCUACACUUGAUUCAUCCCUCAGUUUGGGAAAGUAUGUUCAGUAGAUACUGUAUUUUUUGUCCAAUCACACUGGUCAGAUACAUUGACUUAUGUAGGGUACACAAAAGAGCAACCUAAAUUCCGGAAUGUAAAUACUACCGUGCCACCGUAACAAUGUAACAGUCAUUCGAAUGCUGAUCCUUUGAUCGUGGCUCAUUGUAAGCUAUCAAUAGAUGAUAGCUGCUAGAUGCAAAGAAAGGCAUGGCACUAAAUGACAUUUUGACUUAAUUUAUACACUUAGUACGCAAAAACUUAAGAGUGCUAUAAUUUAAAAACACAAUUGUACAUAUUUUUUUCAUUCACGUAUAUUAUCAAAUGUAAAAUCUAAAUGAAUUUAUAUUUAUAUUUAAUUAUUCAAUGAUCUUGUAUUCGGGUGUUAUUUAAUUUGUUCAAUGUGAUUUGUUGAAAAAUUUUCGUAGCAAAAAUACGGGUGGUUGCCAAUCUCAAUAAAUCUCCAUGCUUAUAAUAGCACGGUCACGGAAGGAAUAUAUAAAUUUUAAGUCUACUAAGAACUAUUUAUUGGCUAGAACUAAGAGCAAACAAAACCCCUUUUCAUCAGAUAAAUGAACAAUGAUGACUGAUUUGAAAUUCUAUCUUAUGUUAAUAUUAAAAAUAGUGCAAUUAUUAUAUUUCAUUUCCCUACUCAUUAUUUAAAUAACAAACCAUUAACCAACCAUCUUGCCAUGUAAAGGCAUAUUAAAUAUCAUAUAAAUACUAUUUAGUUUAGAUUUAUAUACAUGUAUUUUUGGUUAGCGUGUGACAUAGUUUACAUGGUAGAAAAUAAUGCACAUUUGUUGGUUGUUUAUUAUGUGAUACAUUCAUUCCGUCCAAUGAUACUUUCAUUCCGUCCAAUAAACACAUAAAACAUUUAA